CGUGUUGUGGCGCUGGAGGGGCGGGACAGUCCGCAGUGAGGAGCCGCGGACUGCACAGUGACAGGGCGUCAUUUACACACUUUUGACACAAUUCACACUAAACUGGACGCAACACGCAGACGCAUCCAUAGACGCGCGCCCGGCCAAUCUAGUCCGUCAUGGAGUCCUAUGACAUCUUAGCUAAUCAGCCUGUUGUGAUCGAUAAUGGUUCAGGGGUCAUUAAGGCUGGUUUUGCUGGCGACCAGAUCCCUAAAUACUGUUUCCCUAACUAUGUGGGGCGUCCCAAACAUGUGCGUGUCAUGGCGGGGGCCCUGGAGGGAGACCUGUUCAUUGGGCCUAAAGCAGAGGAACAUCGUGGUCUGCUGUCGGUGCGCUAUCCCAUGGAGCACGGCAUCGUGAAGGACUGGAAUGACAUGGAGAGGAUCUGGCAGUACGUUUACUCCAAGGAGCAGCUGCAGACCUUCUCAGAGGAGCAUCCAGUUCUACUGACGGAGGCUCCUCUCAAUCCCACCGUCAACCGAGAGAAGGCAGCGGAGGUGUUCUUUGAGACCUUCAACGUUCCCGCUCUCGCCAUCUCCAUGCAGGCAGUUCUCAGCUUGUACGCCACAGGACGCACCACGGGCGUGGUGUUGGACUCGGGAGACGGCGUGACCCACGUGGUGCCCAUCUACGAGGGCUUCGCCAUCCCACACACCAUCAUGCGGGUGGACAUCGCUGGCAGGGAUGUGUCCAGAUUCCUGCGUCUUCUCCUGCGCAAGGAGGGCUACAACUUCAACACGUCCGCAGAGUUUGAGGUGGUGCGCACCAUCAAGGAGAGGGCGUGCUACCUGUCACUAAACCCCCAGAAAGAUGAGACGCUGGACACGGAGAAGGCUCAGUACGUCCUUCCAGACGGGAGCACCUUGAACAUCGGGCCAGCUCGCUUCCGCGCCCCGGAGCUGCUCUUCAGGCCCGACCUGGUGGGCGACGAGAGCCAAGGCAUCCACGAGAUUCUGGCCUACGCCAUCCAGAGGUCAGACAUGGACCUGCGGCGUACGCUCUUCUCCACCAUCGUGCUGUGUGGGGGUUCCACGCUCAUCAAAGGCUUUGGAGAGAGACUACUAACAGAAGUCAAGAAGCUGGCGCCUAAAGACGUCAAGAUCAAGAUCUCCGCCCCCCAGGAGAGACUCUAUUCCAACUGGAUCGGAGGCUCCAUCCUGGCAUCGUUGGACACCUUCAAGAAGAUGUGGGUGUCCAAGCGGGAAUAUGAAGAAGACAGAGCACGCGCCAUCCACAGGAAGACCUUCUAGAACACCCCCCCUUCUGCUUUGGCCCCGCCCCCUCCCUCGCCACCCACGAAAGGGGGGGGAAAUGGGCGACCCUUGGCCCGAGGACUCCUCCCAGUCUGGGGCCACGCCUCCUUUCUACGUGAAGGUGUACAUUGUCACGCGUGUCAAUAAAGUUUUUCUUUCUUUUGCUACGUAUCCAUUCCAAAGUCUUGGGACGCGUCAUCAGAGGAGCACGUGUGGUUGAUUGAUGACCCGCAGCCGAUGGAGGACACAGUUGAAUAUUUGUUUGAAAAUGCAGCACUUGCCUGUUAGCAUUAGCAUUAGCCUGGGGCGGUCACGUGUCCACAACAUGCCACACCCGGACGCCAGCGACAGCCAGGCUUCUUUUUUAAACGUGCACGGAGGAACGCUACUAACAUCAACAAACUGUCAUCAUCAUCGUUUUAUGGAAUAAACUAGUUCAUGGCUGCUGCUCCAA